AUGGCACCUCAAGUGAACAGGUCCUUGACGCCAACAGUGGCCAUGAACGAGUACCACAAACAUCAAGGAUACCUAGUGUUGCUGAAAAUACUUCACUGUCUCAAGAAGAAGUUCUCUAUCCCAAGACGGGGAGAAGCUUAUGUCCUAAAGUCACUAGGAAAGAAAUGGAAAGAUUACAAGUGCGAUUUAAAAGGUGAGUAUAUGCCAAAAUAUAAGACUAAAGACGCUUUGCUGAAAAAUAAACCAAGUCGCAUACCGAGGGAUCAACGGAGUGAUCUUGUCUCCUAUUGGCUUUCAGAUAAAGCUAAGAGGCGUACCCAAGUAAAUAGAAACAACAGGGCCAAUCAAACGAUGCCUCACACAGGAGGAUCCAAAAGUAUUGCUACCUUGAUGGAUGAGCAGGAAAUGAUAAAUGAAAGGAUGAAUAAUAGUGAGAGCUCUACUGAUCAACCUCCUCGCAGUGUUGCUUGGGAAGGCGAUGUGUAUUCCCAGGUGUUCGGAAAUGACAAAAGUGGGUAUGUUCGUGGUUUAGGACUUGGUCCAACUCCUUCUAUGCUAUGGGGUAGUAGAUCUUCCUUAGGAAAUAUUAUUGCAGAGGAUUCGUCUAAUGAGGCCGUACAAAGGUUAACACAGGAGAUAACCGAGUUAAAGGAUAAACACAAUGAAGAAAUGAAUCUGAUGAAACAAAAUCAAGAGAAGAUGCAAUCAGAAUUACUCUAA